AUCGCCCAUACAUCGAUUCCACUUCAACGCCGUCCGCAAUGUCGCUCUCGAAAAAACUCAGCAUUACUGACCUCGACCUCAAUGGCAAGCGCGUUCUCAUUCGCGUCGACUUCAACGUCCCCAUGCAGGACGGCAAGAUCACGAACCCGGCGCGUAUCGUCGCUGCUUUGCCCACCAUUAAAUAUGCCCUCGAACAUGGCGCAAAGACAGUGACCCUCAUGUCCCACCUCGGCCGACCCGACGGCAAGGUCGUCGCCAAAUACUCCCUGGAACCCGUGUCCAAAGAGCUUGAGAAGCUGCUCCACAAGCCCAUCACCUUCGUUAAGGACUGCGUCGGUCCCGAAGUCGAGCAAGCCGUCAACUCCGCUUCCCCCGGAUCUGUCAUCCUGCUCGAGAAUCUGCGGUUCCACAUCGAGGAGGAGGGCUCGGUCAAGAACAAGGACGGCACCAAGACCAAGGCCGACCCGACCAAGGUCAACGAGUUCCGCGAGGGCCUGACCAAGCUCGGGGACGUGUACAUCAACGAUGCCUUCGGUACCGCGCACCGCGCCCACUCGAGUAUGGUGGGGGUGAAGCUCCCGCAGCGCGCCGCUGGCUUCUUAAUGAAGAAGGAGCUCGAGUACUUUGCGAAGGCCCUUGAGCACCCCGAACGGCCGUUCCUGGCUAUCCUCGGUGGCGCCAAGGUAUCGGAUAAGAUUCAGCUCAUUGAUAACAUGCUGGAUAAGGUCGACUCGCUCAUCAUAUGUGGCGGAAUGGCCUUCACCUUCAAGAAGACGCUCAACAACGUCUCGAUCGGUAACUCCCUCUUUGACGAGCCAGGCUCCCAUAAGGUCGGUGAGCUUGUGAAAAAGGCCCAGGAGAGAAAGAUCAAGAUCGUGUUCCCCAUCGACUACGUUACCGCCGACAAGUUCGAUAAGGACGCGAGGACUGGUGUUGCCACGGAUGAGGAAGGUAUCCCGGACGGAUGGAUGGGCCUCGACGCCGGACCCAAGAGUCGUGCUCUGUACAAGGAGACCGUCCUGCAGGCAAAGACGAUUCUCUGGAAUGGUCCUCCGGGUGUCUUCGAAUUCCCGGCGUUUGCUGAGGGCUCAAAGGCACUCCUGGAUGCGACCAUCGAGGCUGCCCAGAAGGGCUCCACUGUCAUCGUGGGUGGUGGUGACACUGCCACUGUCGUUGCACAGUACGGUGCCGAGGACAAGCUGAGCCACGUUAGCACGGGUGGUGGUGCCAGUCUCGAGCUACUCGAGGGAAAGAGCCUGCCUGGCGUCGCGGAGCUCAGCGAAAAAUGACUGCAGAGGCCAGCGGCCUUGUAGAAGUCCUGGGGGAUGUUUUGUAUGCUAUAGAAGAAGUACCAAGGAAGUUAUCAUUAUAGAGUAACGAAAAGAAACUGUACAACAAAUAUCAAUAUUGUACCUUUGGUUCCUUUGCUC